CCCAGAUAACGUGCACUCUAGGUCAUGUGGCAUAUGGUACAGGAAAAGCGCUGAUUUACAUAACGAAUUUUGUCGCACGCACUUGUCAUUUACCUUUAACAUGCCUGUAAAAAAAGAUUCCUUUGAAUUUCCGUUUGCUUCGAAAUACCAUUCCUGCUUGAGGAUGGUCGAACGCUCUAGGAAAUAUCAAAUCAUUUUAACAUUAAUUUUGUUAGUCCUCGUGGUCUUUCAGUUAUUAUUUGGCAUCAUAACCGUUCCCAAGUCCCUCAGCCGGCAGUCGAUCUUUGAAAAUUAUAAAGUGGAGAUCAAUAUCCCAUGGAAAUUUCUACCGAACUUUCUUACCGGUAAAAACAAGACUGACGAGUACACUGCAUCACAGACUGCCCAGCAACAACCAAAAAAAUAUAAAAUCACCGCUUGCGCCAUGAUGCACAACGAAGCACCAUACCUGAUGGAAUGGAUAGAAUUUCAUCGGUUACAAGGAGUCGACCACUUCGUCUUGUACAACUAUUUCGGGAGCGAUCUUAUCGAAUAUACUCCAAUGUACUACGAAAAUACUGGAAUCGUUGAUUUAGUGGAAGUUCUACCGGCGCGGUUUUUCGGGCAGGAUCCCAAACGAGUCAAAGAUUUAGCCGAUUAUCUACAGAACAAGGAGUGGUCAAUGGUCGAUUGCUACGUGCGCAGUGGGAAGCAGUCAGAUUGGCUGCUGAUGCUAGAUGUUGGACAUUUCGUUUAUUCUACCGAAUACGAAACUAUCGGAUCAUUUUUACUGGAAAUGGCGCUAUCACAAAAACCGCGGGAUGAUGAUUUUGCGGGAGAGUUUCGCCAUGACGAACCAUUCAGUGCCGUGCGUAUUCCCACCGUGCGUUUUGGUACGUCCGGGCAGAUUGGUAAGUUCCGCACGUGGUUGUCACCCAACUCGUACACCGGCUCCGUGGAUCUGCUGUACGAACCGUACAACGACACAGCCAACAUUUAUCCAAUGGUCAUCGAGACAAAUACGCACCGUGUACCGCAUCGCGAACUGGACGGCAAUUAUACGGAUUUACCAGUCUGUACCGAAACCCAAGAAAAUGCCGUCAGUCUGGGAUUGUGCAGUGAUUCGUCCACUGUAACGCUGGUACGAGCGGAUCGCUUCUGUGUCAAAGACAAUAUGACGGAAUGUUUGAAACCAACGAUACAUUUUAUCUGGCCGGAACUGCCGGUUCUUGCGAGCGGACAACCACGAAUGGCGAUCACUGGAGCACGUCCAGAAAUCGGUGUAUUCGAUUUUCGCAAGAAUAAAACCUUUGAAGCGCUGGAUGCCAGCUGGUAUUCGCUGAUUGAGGAUGAUUUUAAGAAAAAGACCUAUCUAGAAGCCGUGAGGAGGAGAAUUAUGGACACGAAGCCACGGAUAUUUUGGAAGUGGGCCGGGAAUGCCGAGCGGAUGCCAUAUUAAAUGGUCAGCAGAUCAUGUGCCCGGAAUCCCAUCCGUAUCCGUUUGGGAAUCUGGGCGUGAAGUUUCUGCGCGAUUGCUGCCAUAUCGAUAAGGAUGCGUACGGCAAUAAGCUUCCAUAUUGAUUCACCGAGUUGUGAUAAUCAUACGUUUAUUGAGUGUACGGAACCGGAAGGUUUACAGAAAUGGCUUCACAGGAGUUGCUGCAUCUGGAAUCCUACGUUUGCGCACCACAAAAUGUCCAUAGGUGUGCCGGCACCAAAAUAGCGCUACUGUGACGAGAAGGGAAUGUAAUCCAGAUUUCCUGUGCUCAUUCUUGCUCGGACGAUUUUGCACUAUUUUGUGGUACAUGUUAAAUCUUCUAGUUUUUUUUUACUUGAAUUGUUUUUAGUGAUUGGCAUAUAUAGAAGUAUAGUUUAGUAUAAUACAUAAAAUAAAAAAACAUGUCGGUUUUUGUACGUCGGCGAUAAAGUGCAUUA